AUGGAUUUAAGUGUUCCGAAAUCCGGGUCACAUUGUGAGGGUCGAGUUACCCAUUCUAUAGACAGUAUAUUAGGCUCUGGUGCGUCUGAACCCCGAGAUCAACCUGAAUUUAUUACAGACUCUGACCACAGUAAAUUAAACCAUUCUGACAGUGCUAGUAAACCUGACAACCAGAUAUCAGAGACAGGAGAUGACUGUUCACCGAAAAAACAACGAAGAUUCCGAACUACUUUUACAACAGAACAGCUUCACGACCUGGAGAACGUAUUUCUUAUCACUCACUACCCGGAUGUUAAUACGCGAGAUGAAUUAAGUAUUAAAACAGGAUUGAGUGAAGAAAGAGUCCAGAUCUGGUUUCAAAACCGAAGAGCAAAAUGGCGGAAAUAUGAACGUCUUGGUAAUUUUGGAGGACUUCAUGAAAUACAAGCUUUGAAUUUCGUCCCUGCGCCGAAAACAGUGGUCAAGGUACAUCCUUCUGAAAGUCCGGUUAAAAGAGGAAGAUUCUGUGAAACAGAAUUACAGAGUUCGUCUCAUGAUGUAUCACCUCCAAGAGUUCUCGCUCCUUCCUUAGCCUUAUAUUCGCCUUACAUAAAUCUCCACCCCCUAUUUUACCCCUUUAAUUUAUAUCCCCGACCCUGCGGCCGAGAGGAAUCCAACGAACCGUCGAUUCAACCAAGCACCAGGCGUAAGAGUAGUAUAGGAGAAUUGCGGGAAAGAGCGCGUGAACAUCGACUGAAUAUUGAAAUGAAGUCUCAGUGUACCGAUUCUCUGGAAUAG